AUGCAUUGGUGUCUGCGGGUCACAAAGGUGCUGCUCGGCUACAUCGUGGCCACGGCCUCUGCCGUCCCGAGCCAGAACUUUGUCCCACGGCAAUCUACCGACAUCCUCGCGUCCUAUGAGUACGUCGUUGUCGGUUCCGGGCCGGGUGGUGGCCCACUUGCUGCCCGGCUCGCCCUCGCCGGGAAGAGGGUCCUGCUCAUCGACGCCGGCGACGACCAGGGAGAUUCCGUUCCGUACAAGGUACCCGCGCUGAACCUUCAGUCGACAGAGUAUGGCCCGAUGAGAUGGGACUACUACGUCCAGCACUUUGCCGAUCUCGAGGCGCAGAAGAAGGACUCCAAGAUGACAUAUCGGCUCGCAAACGGGGAGCUCUACGUCGGACUCAAGCCGCCCGCUGGCGCUGAACCACUCGGCAUCUUGUAUCCCAGAGCUGGUACGCUUGGUGGCUGCGGCAGUCACAACGCGUUGAUCACAGUCUACCCGCACAGGUCAGACUGGGACGGCAUCGCGAGCUUGACCGGGGACACCACCUGGGCGGCCUCCAAUAUGCGCAAGUAUUUCCAGCGUCUAGAAAACGCAGAGUAUUUGCCCAACGGCAUAGUCGGCCAUGGAUUCGACGGCUGGCUCACCACCUCUGUGACGGAUCUGGGACUCGUCGUCAAGGACGUCAAGCUGCUGACGGUCAUCCUGUCCGCCGCGUCCGCCAUGGGCAAGAGUCUCCUCGGUUUGAUCUUGUCGACGAUCCAGGGCCUCGGCGAGGUUCUCCUGCGUGAUCUCAACGUCGACCUGCCCGGCCGCGACUCGGCCGAGGGCCUCUACCAGGUCCCCAUCGCCGUCGACAGCGGCGUGCGCGUGGGUCCGCGGGAGUUCGUCCUGGACACGGCCAACGCGAAGAACGCGGACGGUUCUAGGAAGUACCACCUCGACAUCAAGCUCAACACCCUCGUGACCAAGGUGCGCUUCGACCAGAGCGGCGCGAAGCCUCGGGCGGUGGGAGUAGACUUUGUCGCGGGACAGAGCCUCUACCGCGCGGACCCCCGAUCCGGCGAGGCCGGCGAGGGCGUCGCCGGAUCCGUAAACGCCACGGCCGAAGUCAUCUUGUCAGCCGGCGCUUUCAAUACCCCACAGCUGCUCAAGCUCAGUGGCGUUGGCCCCAAGGAGGAGCUAUCCUCUUUCGGUAUUCCCUCCAUUGUCGAUCUGCCUGGCGUCGGCACCAACCUACAAGACCGCUACGAGACGUCCGUUAUUGGCGAAACGCCGACAGACUUUCAAAUCACCGAAGGCUGCACCUUUAUCCGUCCUGGCACAGACGAUCCCUGCUUGAAGAAGUGGGAGGAGGGCACCGCGACCGGGCAGCGGGGGAUUUAUGGCUCCAACGGCAUCAGCCUCGGUAUCGUCAAGAAGUCGACAGUAGCAGAGGGAGACCCGGACCUCUUUAUCGCGGGCGCACCGGUCGCCUUCCCCGGCUACUAUCCCGGCUACGCCGCCCAAGGCACUGCGGACCAGAGACACUGGACGUGGAUCACCCUGAAAGCCCACAGCCGCAACCGGGCCGGAACCGUCACGCUGCGUUCAGCCGACCCGCGGGACGUGCCCCAGAUUGACUUCCAUUCGUUCCAGGACGAGGCCGAUGGCGCCCGGGACAUCCAGGCCGUGGUGGAGGGCAUGAAGCUCUCGCGCAAAAUGUUGGAGAGCGUCGUGCCCCUUACGGGAGGCUUCACCGAGGUCUGGCCCGGGAAGAACGUCACCGAUGCGGACUUGCCCGCGUUCGUCAGGAAUGAAGCCUGGGGCCACCAUGCCAGCUGUACGUGCCCCAUUGGAAAGGACGGCGAUGCGACGGCUGUCUUGGAUGCAAAGUUUACGGUGAGAGGGACCGAGGGUCUGCGGGUGGUUGACGCGAGCGUGUUCCCCACGAUACCUGGGUAUUACAUCGCGUCGGCGGUGUAUAUGAUUAGCGAGAAGGCGGCCGAUGUAAUUCUUGGGGUAUAG